GUGGCCUUAUCCCUCGUGCCUUCCGGAAGGCCCCAACGGUUUACGAUGGCUUCGUCGCCGUCUCUUCUCUGCCUACGCCCCUGCCCGCAGCUGUGCGGCCACUCUCGCAGCAGAUCUCUGCACCUCCAUCUCUCCAAGCAGAGCCUGCUGCACCCAGUUACCUCACCAAGAACAUGCCGCCGCCCAGUGGCGGGGGCAGUAGCAGGCCCGCUCGUGCCGCGGCCGCCGGGGACCCGGCGGUGGAGGUGGACGGGGCCGACGGCCAUCGUCGCCUGCCGGUGCUCCUCCGACGCCGAGAAUGGGCCGCCCACGCCUCCACAAGAUACGGAGAAAAGCUUGGAUGGGUGGCCUGUCCUUCGCCGGUGGGAUGUGCCGUGGGAGUGGCCAACCAUUUCCCUCACCAUGGUGGCAUGCGCAGUAAGCUUUCUUCUGACAGGAAUGGUUGAGCAAUCUAUUUUGGAGCAGUUAGGUUUUCAAGUUGGGGAGGCAACUCUAGAUGAGAAAGCAGAAGUACUCUUCUUGGGACAAUUUAGCACGACAGUUGUUGUGCUUGGAGCUAUAUUUGGCAUCACCAAUACCUUUCGACCAUUCUCAGAUGACAUCUUUCGUUACAAAUUUGAGGAACCAUUUAAGCUGCAAAAUGGUUGGCUUUUGUGGGCUGGAAUCGGCAUCCUUGUUGCAAUAAUUUCUAUUGCUUUAGCUGGAGCUGCAAUGACAUUUCUGAAUGGUGAAACGCCACAGAGAGAGACUGACUCACUAGUCAUUCUAUUGCCACUGAUUGGCUCAUCAGGUAUCAGCACUGCCUGUCUGCUGGGCAUCACUGGGGUUUUGGCGCCGAUUCUUGAGGAGACCGUCUUUCGAGGAUUUCUAAUGGUGUCCUUGACUACGUGGUUCUCCACACCGUAUGCUGUGCUUAUCACUGCAGCAGUAUUUGCCUUCGCUCAUCUUACACCAGGAGAGUUUCCACAGCUUUUUGUACUUGGUGUUGUCUUAGGAUUUUCAUAUGCUCAAACUCGCAAUCUUCUUACUCCUAUUACAAUACAUGCUGUCUGGAACUCUGGAGUAAUAUUGCUGCUAACCUUUCUUCAGCUGCAAGGUUAUGAUAUAAAGGAGCUGUUGCAGGCAUCUUGAAGAUUUCACUUGAGAACUGUGAAUGAUAGCAACAUCAAGAUGCAACCCAGCCCCAUGCAGCAGGGCCCUUCCAUGCUGUAUAAUAAUCGACAACCGUAGCUGGUGUCUUACCUGCUAACGUUAUUCGGAGGUAACGAUUAGAAGAAGAGACAGUGUCGUGGAUUCGGAAGAAUCAGAAUGGAAAUCCUGCUCUCCGUGUCAUCGUGUGCAUGGAUAGAGAUGGAAACGGUAAAGAAUAUCCGUUAUGAUAGCAACUGCUUGUGUGAGCUGGAGACUGUAAGUUGUAGCAUUAAUGUUGAUACGUGACUUGGACUACUUCCUUGUAAAUCAGGUAUAUUCAGGGAGACGAAAAUAGCCAUAAUCGUGUAGUCCUAGUAAUUCGUCAUUUUUCCCAUUUUCACUUCAUCUAUUAACCACUCUUUGUUAUAAUAUAAUGAAUUAAUGAUCAUUCUUAUCUACCAUAUGAA